AUGGAAUAUCCGCGACUACCGUUUUCCGAGGCUUACACCUCUUGGAUCGAGACCCGCGUCAAACGCCACAUCGAAGACCGCGAGACGCAGGAUGCUGUCAAGACUGCGGCGGACCGUCUGGAAAUGCAACAGAACGCCAACAGGGCUCCCGAAGUCCUCACCCGCAUAACGAAGCGCUCCGGGGAACUGCAAAGUCUGCGAAAUAAUCUAAAUCAACAUCUUCAAUGCGUGGAGUCUGCCAAACAGGGAAAGCUGUGUGACGUGGACGUUCUGACUGUCGACGAAACUGCCGAAGCAACGCACGAUGAGGAAGCGUACGUCUGGAUUCCACAAGGAUCAAAUGCGAUCAUCCAGCAAGGAUCAGAUACGGACGGAGUUGCCGACGCAGGGCCAACCCCGUCAACUGCUUCAUCUGUGACCGCCGGUGCGUGCGGAAGCACGCCACUCGGUGAAGUUCGUCUUGAAGUGUGGUGUGAGGAAUGGGUCGAAAUUCCCAAUGAAGCAGGCGGCGCCGUCGACGUCGAGAACGAGCGCGAAAAGGUGAUCAGCUUAAAACACCCAUCGCGGGGAUGGGCCGACCUGAAUGUGCUGGACUGUGUCAAACAAAGCCUUGUGCAGGAUCAGGUGCGCAUGUGGAUGGCGCACAUUCGUCGCGGGCGCGGCCUGCUCAACAAUGCAAGCACGACAAAUCUUCCGCCCGAGUUGUUUCGCCUGAUUUCCGUCUUUUUGGAUCCGUUUGCAGACGUCCUGAAGGCGCCCACGUACUACGCAGCGCUAGCCAUUCGGCGCCGGUACCGAGACCUGGAGAAGUUGUUGGAUACCGGGCUGCAGUAUACCCUCGACCGAUUGGCAGAGGAUCCGGACGACAAUAUUGAAGGCAACAUCUUGUGGAGGAUCGUUAAGAACGACCCCAGCGAAGUAUUAGUUGGAAUUCGAUUCGGGUCAGUACGCUUCAGUAUGUCGGGAGAACUUCCAUGGCCGAAUCUGUGCGAAAAGGACAUCGUGAAUUGUCGUGCAUGGAAUGCGAGGCGCAGCGUCGAACUUGCUUCGACGGAAAAACCCAAGUUCGUCCGACUUCCUUCGAAGCAGGUUUAUUUUUCUAGCAUCGCGCUAGUGCUGGCGGAAUUCUUCCGGCGGAAAGGCCUAAAAUUUUCGCAGUCUGACGACAAUCGUCAGGAUUUUACUAUUUCUUGGGGCGCGAGCAUCACUCCAGCAGCAGCUUCAUGA